UCACUUGUAGUGUAGGGGAGGGAAAGGAGGAGGGGAGAGGGAGGAGCAGAUUCACGGCUUGCUCAAACAACGGGAUUUUUCCUCCACAUGGCCCUGAACUUCUUCCCCUCUUCAUUUUUCAUUCUAUUGCACAGCUGAUUUCUAGGGGAACAAGUUGAGAGGAGAGGGCCAUGGGGAACAAAAAGAGUUGGGAUGUGGAACUCAAUGGGACUGUGAUUGUGCCGGAGACAAAGGCAAACCCACAAAAGGGGAAGGAUGAGCUAGAAGAAAGAGGCCAGUGGACUAACAAAGUAGAGUAUGUGCUUUCUGUGGCUGGAGAGAUCAUCGGUCUGGGAAACGUUUGGCGAUUUCCUUAUCUCUGCUACAAGAACGGAGGUGGGGCCUUCUUAAUUCCAUAUGCCAUCUUUCUCUUUAUCUGUGGAAUUCCACUCUUCCUCUUGGAGACAGCCUUGGGACAAUACACCAGUCAAGGAGGAAUCACUGCCUGGAGAAAGAUCUGUCCUAUCUUUGAAGGAAUUGGAUAUGCUUCACAAGUGAUUGAAUCUUAUCUGAAUAUUUAUUACAUUGUCAUUCUGUCUUGGGCCCUAUUUUACCUCUUUAACUCCUUCUCAGCUGUAUUACCCUGGUCCAAUUGCAACAAUUACUGGAACUCAGAAUACUGUGUGGACGUUCUGAAUGUCUCCGAUUCUGUGAAUAAUACUAACGCCACUUCUCCAGUUAUCGAGUUUUGGGAGAGGCGAACACUGAAAAUAACAGAAGGUCUUCACGAUCUGGGCACUGUGCGCUGGGAGUUGGCUCUCUGCCUCUUGCUGGCCUGGAUCAUCUGCUAUUUCUGCAUCUGGAAAGGAGUCAAGUCCACUGGCAAAGUAGUCUACUUCACUGCCACUUUCCCUUACCUAAUGUUGAUCGUGCUGCUAAUUCGAGGAGUCACUCUCCCUGGGGCUUUAGAUGGAAUUAUAUUCUACUUAAACCCAGACAUUUCCAGAUUGGCUGAUCCUCAGGUAUGGAUGGAUGCAGGUACUCAGAUCUUCUUUUCAUAUGCCAUUUGCCAAGGAUGCUUGACGGCUCUUGGCAGCUACAACAAAUAUAACAACAAUUGUUACAGAGAUUCCUUCAUGCUCUGUUUCCUGAACAGUGCCACAAGCUUUGCGGCAGGCUUUGCCAUCUUCUCUGUCUUGGGCUUCAUGGCGCAGGAACAAGGUGUCCCCAUUUCAAAAGUAGCUGAAUCAGGUCCUGGCCUAGCAUUUAUUGCUUACCCCAAAGCAGUAACCAUGAUGCCUAUAUCUCAGCUGUGGGCCUGUUUGUUCUUCCUUAUGUUGAUCUUCUUGGGGCUGGACAGUCAAUUUGUCUGUGUCGAGAGCUUAGUGACUGCCAUCGUUGACUUGUUCCCGGAAGUCUUCCGUAAGAAAGGACGUAGGGAGCUGCUGAUCCUGGGCAUUGCUGUGAUCUGCUAUCUCAUUGGCUUGCUGCUGGUCACGGAGGGUGGGAUGUACAUCUUCCAGCUGUUUGAUUAUUAUGCAGCCAGCGGCACGUGCCUUCUCUUUCUUGCCAUCUUUGAAGUCAUCUGCAUUGCGUGGGUUUACGGAGCUGAUCGUUUUUAUGACAAUAUCGAAGAUAUGAUUGGCCGCAAACCCUGGCCCCUGAUUAAAUACUGCUGGCUCUACCUCACACCUGGUCUUUGUCUGGCCACCUUCCUGUUUUCACUCAUUAGAUACCAACCCCUCAAAUACAACAAUGUUUAUGAGUAUCCUCCAUGGGGGAUUGCAGUGGGUUGGGUGUUGGCCUUAUCCUCUAUGAUCUGCAUACCGUCCUACAUUAUAUUCAGCUUCCUGAAAACCAAAGGAUCUGUCAAAGAGCGCUUACGCCAGCUCACUGCUCCAGCAGAAGACUUGCCCCAGCCAAAAAAGCAUCUGAUGGGCACUUCUGGAAGGGAAUGUUCUGAAGUGGGAUCCCAGCAUCCAGUCAAGGAAGUGCUUGGCAAGACGGGGAAGGAAACCAACUUCUAGAGCUUUCUGACAUUCUGGAAGAGUCUCUUCAUAUUUCUGAAGACUUCUGCUUAUAUCCAGGUUGAGUUUCCUCUGAGAUCUUCCUUAUUCUCUUAAGAUGUCAGCAAUUUCUAAGAACGGACCACUGGAUGGAAAAGAACCAACCCUUGUUUUUCCAUCUGCACAAGAAGAGCUGUAAAACCAUCAUGGUGAGGAUCACGGCUCAAGAUCUCCAUGAAACCCUUCUCCUUGACAUUGUUGGAGAAGGAGCUAUCACUUUGUGAAUGCUGCAUAUGCACUCUCUAUCCUUGAAUGGUGUUGUGUUCUGUUUGCAAGAAUUAAGUACGCAGCAUGAUCAGGUUACCUGAAAAUUAUCUGUUGAAGCUGGUCAACCUGACUCAUCGUUUCUUUAAUCAUUCUUCCACUGCUACCUCCACUCUUUGAUACAAAUGGUUAACAAUUCUGUGAAAAAAACCCUAAUCCAGGAACCUCUGAGAUUAGCCAAAUGUGUACUCUGUGACAGCAGGAUGAAUGCGUCUUGGACAAGUUUGAUGGAUUACUUUUUUUUCUCUAUUGUUCUCAAUGGUUUACAUAAAUCUGCUACAGGUGAGGGUUUCUUUCAACAAACAUCAUACCCAUCUAUUUGGACUUUCUAAAUUAAAGUUGAUUGAACAGUCUCUCCCACUGGUGACAGCCCAGGGGAGAGAAAAGUGGCAAAUUGGAAGCAAAAUAAUUUUGUGAGAUACUGCCUUCACAUUCUCUCCUUCAUCUUUUGGAGAAAAGAUUGGCACUGAAAGGCUGACAGUCUUUCAGUUUGAAUAUACCUCAUCUGACACUGCUCCAUGUGGCAUCCUUGAGUUGUUGGAAAACUAGAACAAAAAAAUGGAAAUGCCAAAAUUGCCUUAGUGUGUGUGGGAAACACAUAAGAAAUAAUCAACUUGAGAAUGACCCACUCCUGGACACGUACCUUGGCACAGCGAUGCAAAAACUUGCAUAUGAUUUAUAACGCAAAAGUAAAAAAUAAGAAAUGCAACUUACAAUCAGCCAGAAGAACGAGAGUUGUGCAGAGCGAGCUGGUUUGCCUGCCUUUAUUUCUUAUGUAACUGCUCUAUUUUAUUUUUUUUUAAAAAGGACAAUUUAAUAUGCUCUUAUGCAGCAUGAAUGUACUCAGAAUUUCUCCCAUGGCAUUUAGUACUCCUACAAAUUGACAGAAUUCUUUGUUUCUUUGCAUCUGUUUUCAGAAAUGCCCUCUGUCCCAAGCAAGGCAGCUUCCAAGGAACUGUAUAUACAAUUGAAGUCAUUGUCCCUUGCUGUAAUAGUGCUGGUGAAUUUGACUUUUCAGCAGAGGUAUAAAAAAGUCAAAACGAUGACCAUAAUUGUAAAAUUAAAGCCUUGCCCCCCAUUUUACAUGUGUUGCACAAGUGAUGCGUGCAAAAAAGGGGUGGGGCUUCAUUAGUGUGCUUGUAGUCCCCAUUUGGAUUGCCACUGACAGUCCUGCUUCCAGCCUACCUUUAAAUAAUAUAGUCCAAAGCAGGAAAUUUUCUAUUGUUACCAGGUUGCACGAUGCUAUUUCAGACUGUAGGAGAAAAAUGGAACUAAGAUUUCCCUUUAAGGUUUAUUUGACAUGAAAGUAAAUAUUAUAUUCAUUAUCUGAGUGUAAGUACAUAGUACCGGUCAGGGGUGUCAAACUGGCAGCCCGUGGGCUGGAUGCAUCCUGCACAGACCAUGCCCACCACAGCUCCGCGAAGGGGGAAAACGUCACGAAAUGUCACAUGGUGGCAAUGUGACGUGGAGAGUUUGACACCCGUGGUAAAGGUAGUCCUUGACUUACAACCACCAUUGAGCGCAAAGUUUCUGUUGCUAAGUGAAACAUUUGUUAAGUAAGUUUUGCCCCAUUUUACAUCUUUUCUUGCCCCAGUUGAUAAGUGAAUCACUUAUCAGUGAGAGAGAGAGUCUCCUGCUUGAGCAGGUGAUUGAACUAGAAGACCUGCAGAAUAACUUGGGUAUUCUGUAUUCUGUAUCAAUCUCCAUUAUCUAUAAUCCUUGAUCAAAGUGCUUUGUAAACUACAUGUUUAGUUUACUUGGAAGGAGGAAAGGGAUUUUAAUGAGUAUAGGUGCAUGGUGACUUUAUGACUGUCAUUCAUUGAUUCAAUCAUUUAUUCAUACAUUCAUUCAAUAGAAAUUUUAUGAUUGGGAUGGGAACUCUUUCCCAUCAACAUUCCCUUCGCAGACAUUUUUCAUGUAGAGGGUUCCUCCUGUCAGACCAAAUUAAUACAUUUUGGUUUCUUCCAAUUUUUAAUUUUUCUGAUGUAAUGCUAUAUUGUGUUUCUGAUCCUUUGAUUUUUUUUAAAAAAAAAUCCAUGAAAAUGAUACAUCUUUUGUAUUCUAAUGUAAUGCAUUUUACAAAUUUUGUCUAAUAAGCACAUAUUUUAUUUCUAAAAAAAAUCUUUAUAUUUGCCAUGCACUUUCACCAAGAUAAGCAUUUUUGUAGGCACUGUAUCAUGCUAUGUGCAUUUUCUAUGCCUUUUUUUUUAAAAAAAAGAAUUGCAUUGUUGAAUAUAAAAAACUGUAAAUGCCAAAGGGUAGCAGUUUCAUUCGGCAUAUUGACUGGAAAGAAAAAACAGAUUUGUCUGUAUGAAAAUAUGAACUAAGAACAUAUCACAUAUGUACUAUAUGUCUAACUUAUACAUUCCUAAUUGUCCACUAUGAAGCAAAAGCAUAAGAAACAUUCUUGUCUUCAUCAUCUUCAUGCAAAUAAGAUGAUCCAUGUAAAGUUGCCAAUUUACUAAUUUGUUUUUUUAUUAUCCCUACUUCUGGCCUGCCACAAUAUUCUGACUUGCAGAUAUUUAGCAUGUGAAUGGCUUCUAUUCCAGUUUGGUCCAGGUCUGGAAGUCAACCAACCUUCCAUCUGUAAUUAUUUUCCAAUCCAUUCCAAUUGGUCAAUUCACUGCAUCCAAAGAGAACCUCUGUAUAAUUUAUGAUGCUCACCUCAAUGUGAAUGCCUCUCUUCUAUUAAUAUUGCCUCUGUAUUUAAAUGGGAGAUGAUAACGAUUGAGAAAUUUCUCCAAGGUACCCUACAUGGAAACAAUGUUAGUUUCCUCCCUUCUAAGUAUCUUGAGCUAUAUUUCAUGAGUGCACAUCUAUGUAUACGUGAUAAUUCUUUGUACAUAAGAUACAGUCCCAUUUCCUUACUUUAUGAAGACAAUGGUUGAAAUUUCUUUUAGUUUAGGUUCUUCUGGAAGUCAGAAACUGUGAUCUGUGGCUAAGAAAGAAAUGCAGUAAAUGUGGUAAUUAAUUAGUAGCUGAUGGCACAGAAGCUUUUGAGCCAUAAACUUGCAUAUUGAAUGUGUCUCAUUUUUACAACUUGAGAACCUUUUGGCUCAUACAUCAAUUACAGAAGGUUAGGUGAAAUCCGCAGCUGAUUUGUUGCCUCAUCAAAAUUGGUCACUUUGCUAUGAUUUGUUGGGGGCAGCUAAAAUUAUUGAUAGAGCAGAUCUAUAAUUGGCCUUCAACCUCUGCACAGAUGCUGGUAGAGCCGGAAAUGGGCUAAUAAAUUUUAAAGUGAGGGCAUUCUGCUUACACUAGAAAUAAACUAGAGAUACAUGCUCCUUGGCCAUUAUUAUGUGCUACAGCUUAGAUAAAUAACACUGUGUCAACAAGAUAACCACACUGAUACGAAAGACAUAAAUGAAAGUUAUAAGAAAUAUUUUAGUGCCUAUGAUCUGUUUAAAAUCUGUUAUGAAAGUCAUGCUAAUCAUAAAAAUCUGAAACUUCAUGUAACAAAUAUGGGCCAAAAUCUGUAUGUAUUAAAAUUCACACAACAUGUAUUUUUGUGGAAGGGAUGGGGGGAAACUGAUGAAAAUGCUUUUCACUGUCCAGCCUUGUUCCAAACAGAAAGCUAGGCUGUAUCUCUCAAUCGUGUUUAUUUUCAAAGAAUGCUGAUGCGGAGACCAGAAGCAAUUGUGAAAAUAAAGAUAAUUCAUAGAAAA